AUGGAGGCUGUUUACAAGUCGCUGACGAAGGAGGUCGAGAAGCUUCAGGAAGUUGAGGGGAACAUUCAGAAGCGUUUGCAGACCUAUCAGCAGUUGGCAGGUCAGCUGUCGGAAAAUGAAAACGUUGAGAAGGACUUAGAGGUUCUGACAGAGGAAAAUAGGGUCUUCAAACUCAUAGGACCGGUCCUGGUGGAACAGAGUCUGGAGGAGGCCCGAGACACCGUCAAAAAGCGCCUUAAAUAUAUACAGGAUGAAAUGAAACGAAAUGACGAGCUGAUGAAGACGAUGGAGAAGGAACGGGACAAUCACCGAGAGCAGAUUACGAAGCUCCAACAGCGAUUCCAACAGGAGCAGACAAGGGCUGCGCUCAAAGCGUAG